CAGGCAGGGGUCACCUCCCACCCUCCUCUAGACAGAGAGGCAAGGGAGGCUCCCAGUGAAGUUGGGUGUGGGUGUCUCCUGCAGACAGAGCAUCUAUCAGCUGAGCGGAUUAAAGACUACAGGGGUCUUGAUAUGUUGGGCAGGGAGGGAAAUGGGGAGGUGAAGAUGGGCAAACUGGAGAGAUUCAUGAGCCUGCUGGGCAUUGUUCACAAGAGUGAGCUGGCAUCCAUGGCCAAAGGUGUGGACAAAGACAGUGAGCUGGGGCAGGUGGUGGUCAAUGCAGGCUUGGAUUGGGGCCACCUGCGUGUGGAGGGGAAGAGAAGGAACCCAUGGGAAGUAGGGCCCAGCCAGCCUUCACUUGAGCCCUGGGGGCUGGCAAAACUUGCAGACAAAUGGUUCUUCAACUGUGAUGGUUUCCUGGUGUUGAUGGGUAUUUACCACAAGAAGGCCCAGAACCAGGAGAGUGAGCUGAAAGCAGACUUCUGGGUGUUGGACAAGGAAAGCAAGGGCUAAACUGACUGGAACACACCAAGUAGGGCCUGGGGCCUGAGCAAUGGGGAGCUGGCUCUCAACAAAGUGGAGGCCAAGCAGAUGAUGAAUGAGGCUGACAAGGAUGGGGACAGAACCAUUGACUAUCAGGAGUUUGUGGCCAUGAUGACCGGAGAGUCCUUCAAGUUGGUGCAAUAGGACAGCUGCUGCAGCUAUGGGAGACCUGCCCAGGAAGGCCGCUGCCUACCACUGCCUGCCCUGCCCCCAGCUCUGCAUCAAAUAAAUGCUCCUGCCUGACUCUGGGCUGUGAUUCACUGUCCC